AUGUCGGGGAUGCUUGGUAGCAUCGAUUGUACACACGUUGAGUGGUUAAAUUGUCCUAGACACUUGAGAGGACAAUAUACGAGAGGCGACCAUGGCGUUCCCACUAUUAUGCUUGAGAUCACCGCUUCUCAAGAUACGUGGAUUUGGCAUGCUUAUUUUGGUGCGGCCGGUUCAAACAACGACAUAAACGUGUUGAAACAAUCCGACUUCAAGUACUCGACGUUUGUAAAAGCAUACCCGUAUCCUACUAACCCGAAAGAUAAAAGAUUCAAGAAGCUACAAGAGGCGGCGAGGAAAGACGUGGAGCGUGCAUUUGGGAUUCUAAAAGGGAAAUGGAAAAUUCUUAGGCGUCCUCUUCGACCCAUGAUCAAAGACAAGAUCGCACAGUAUGUUUAUGCGGCUUGUAUUUUACACAACAUGAUCAUAAAAGGCGAUGGCAGAGCAAUCUCACCGGUUCACAUAAUGGACCCGCCGGUCCAACCGGUGUUCGACGAUAGCGUCUUAGGUGAGCUACUAAACGAAGACAUCCAUCAUCGUCUUCGUUAUGACCUCACCGAACAUGUGUGGGCUCAAGACUUGGCAUUUCUCGACGAUUAG